AUGACAAAAGUAACUUCUGUCAAAUCUAGUGAUUCUGUAUUUAAUCCCAAAAAAUUUAUUGAAAAUGAAAGAACUCGGUCUGCUUUAAAGGUCGAGGAGAUUAACUGUUUUUUGGAAUCUAACCCAGAUGAUCAAAAGAUAACUCAUGAAUUACUGGAACAAAUUAUCACUGAUCCAAUCCUUAAAUGUGAUUCAUAUUAUUAUGAUAAGGAAAAAAAUCAAGAAAGAGAAAUAACUGCCAGAAAAAUUAAACGUCUUUCCUUAUACAUGGAAAAUGAUAUUAAGUUAAUGCAAAAGAACCAAGUGAAAAGAGAAAAAAUUGAUAUUAUUAAAAAUUUGCAACUAAACCCAAAGUCAAAAUUUUUGGUUAAUAAAGAUUUAAACAUUUUUGACAAAAGAUUGUCUUUGAUUGGAAUGAUAGAUCCACAAUUGUCCACGAGAGUUGGCGUUCACUUGGGUUUAUUUGGUAAUUGUAUUAAGGGUAAUGGAACUGAUUCACAAAUUAGGUACUGGUUACAAGAACGUGGUGCAAUCUUUUUAAAGCAAGUAUAUGGCUGUUUUGCUAUGACAGAAUUAGGGCAUGGAUCCAACGUUGCAGCGUUAGAAACAACAGCAACUUAUGAUUUAGAUUCUGACACAUUUCAGAUUAACACACCAUCACUAACUGCUACAAAAUGGUGGAUCGGUGGUGCUGCACAUUCUGCUACGCAUGCUGUGGUUUAUGCUAGAUUGAUUGUUAAAGAAAAAGAUUAUGGUGUUAAGACAUUUAUUGUCCCAUUGAGAGAUAAUUCGAAUUUUCAAUUAUUACCAGGUAUUAUCGUUGGAGAUAUUGGUAAAAAGAUGGGAAGAGAUGGGAUUGAUAAUGGUUGGAUCCAGUUUAAAAAUGUUUUAAUACCAAGAGAAUAUUUGUUAUCCAGGUUUGUUAAAGUUAUCCCUAAUCAAGAAAGUACUGAUGUCUCUGUAAAAAUACAACCACAAUUAGAUCAAGUGUCUGGUUACAGUGCUUUAUUAAGUGGUAGAGUGAACAUGGUGAUGGAUUCAUUCAGAUUUGGUUCUAAAUUUGUAACUAUUGCAACAAGAUAUGCAGUGGGAAGACAACAAUUCGUUCAAGUGAACGAAGUUGGGAGAAUAGAGACACAAUCUAGUAAAAAGAAAGAACAGCAUGGACAUAAUAUUGCUAACGUUAGUAAUAAUAAAGAGACACAGUUAAUUGAUUACUCAUUACAUCAAUACAGAGUGUUACUACAGUUGGCUAUUGUAUAUUUAAUAUCUCCUGCAGCACAUGAUCUGAUGAGUAGUUAUUACAAUACUUUAAAUGAACUGUAUGAAAUCUCUUCGCCAAAAUCAGAUAAACAACAGGCAGAUACUACUGACAAAAAUGCCUUUUCAACAGUCAGCUCCAAAUUAAAAAAUCUUUUUAUUUCCUCUGCAAGUUUGAAAGCUACAAAUACUUGGCUAAUUUCCAAUUUAAUUGAUGAAUUAAGACAAUGUUGUGGUGGGCAUGGUUAUUCUCAAUAUAAUGCAUUUGGCAAAGGUUAUAAUGAUUGGGUAGUCCAAUGUACAUGGGAGGGUGAUAAUAAUAUUUUAUCAUUAACAUCAGCAAAAUCAAUAUUAAAGAAAUUUGUGGACUCUGCCACAAAGGGAAAGUUUGAUGAAGGUUUGGAUUCUGACGAUUUUGAUUAUUUGGACCCUGAUUUUAUCAGAAAAGUAUAUACUCAUGAUAUUUCAGCUACUUUAGAAGAUACAGAUGACAAUACUAAUGAAAGUUUAGAAACAUAUAUUGAAAUUUGGAAAAUUGCUUUAAUUCAAUUGCUUAUUCAUAUCGGUAAGACAAUUCAGAAGACUAAAGAUUUUGAUCAAACUACGAUAUUACUAGUAACGGUAUCCAAAUUCCACGCUAUUCAUUAUAUGUUAAAAACGUUUUACACGAAGUUAAAGCAUGAUGAGAUAUCUCAUAUUACUGAUCAGCAUUCCAAAGAUUCACUCUGGAACAUUUUCAAACUAUUUUCUGUUUACUUUAUUAAUAAAUAUUCCGGGCAAUUUCAACAGUUUAAAAUUCUAAAGCCUAGCCAAAUAUCAUCUUUAAUCCAGCCUAAAUUAGUUAAGCUAUUAAAGGAGAUUAGAACUGAUUGUAUCAAAUUAACAGAUGCAUUCGAAUUGCCUGAUGCUGUAUUGAAUUCGCCAAUAGGAUACUUUGAUGGGGAUAUAUACCAUAAUUAUUUUAACACAGUAACUGCUAAUAAUCCACCAGAAAGUGAUGAUCCAGGUAAACCACCCUACCAUAAUGUUCUGACCUCCAUGCUUUCGAGGGAUUACGAAUAUGAUUCAAGAUUAGGUGGUUCUUUAAAUAAAGAUAUCUUAGAGAAGUUAGGUAAAUAA